CUAGCGCCAUCUCUGAAAGAAACGGUACACAUAUCAAUGUUCUAGCAGACGACUUUCUACAACUUUUAGUUCAAGCGAUUGACGUCGUCGCUUCUGACUUGCUUUGCUUGUAAAAAACGCGAAGUUGUUUGUUUUUUCCAACAUGGGACGGCAUAGAAAAAGUAGGUCGGGUUCGAGAGAAAAGGAAUCUUCGAGAAGUAGACACCGAGAUUCUGCUAAACAGUCGUCAUCAAGUCUAAGAGAGAAAGAUUACCAAGAUCGGAAACAAAUUAAAGACCAUGAUAAGCCAAGGGAAAGCCGUAUAACUUCAAGGUCUCCUAAGAGUAUCAAAGACAAAACUAGAGAUAGAAAACAUUCCUCUAGCUCAUCAAGUGAGAGUGAGAGUGACAAUAAGUUGGUUAUGAAUAAGGAUCUUUUGGAAAAACUUGAAAAAGAACGCCAGAGAGUCUUGGCAGAAAAAAAGAAAUGGAAAGAACAGAUGAAAGCUCUUGAAACUCCAGAAGAGAAACGAAAAAGAAGAUUACUGAAAAAGCAAAGUAAGGAGAUGAAACGAAAGGAGCAAAUGGGAUGGGACAAUGAACUACUUCAGUACACAAACUCAGACAAUCCUUUUGGAGAUUCCAACCUGCUUGAUAAGUUUGUAUGGAAAAAGAAGUUUGAGAAAGAAGGUAGAGGAGACAUGAGUCAAGAAGAAAUUGAGCGUGAAUUAAGAAUGAAACAGCUAGCAAAUCGAGAUGAGCUAGAAAAGGUAAAAGCAAGAAGACUGGAAAGAGAAAAAGAAAAAGAAGCCAGAGAAGAUGAAACGGCUGAUCUCCAGCGCACUAAAGAAGCUGAACAAUUCAAAGAGUGGCAGCAGAGUGAAGAUCAGUUCCAUUUGGAACAAGCGAAGUUGCGUUCUGCCAUACGUAUUCAAGAUGGCAGAGCAAAGCCCGUUGAUGUCCUUGCAAAAUAUAUAAACUCGGAGAACGACCCCGAAGCUGUGGAGAUGAACGAGCCAUAUUUUUAUCUCAUGGGAUUGACCUUGACAGAUUUAGAAGAUUUAGUGGCAGACAUUAAGGUUUACAUGGAACUUGAGAAAGAGUCUAGUAACUUGGAUUACUGGAAUGAUCUAAUGGUGAUAGUCGAGGACGAAGUUCGCGCCAUGAGAAAAAUCGAGCGAUCAAAGAGGAGUGAAAAUGAAGCCGCCAUGGGCCGACAAGAGGGUAUUCACACAGCCGUGGCUCAGGACGUCGCCAGUAUCUUUAAAAACAAAACAGCUCCUGCUCUACUUGCUUUAAAAAGUAAUAUUGAAAAGAAGAUUGCCGCCCGGCAAGAAGGUGUCGAUAUUUCCUACUGGGAAAGUCUCCUUAGCCAGCUGAAAGCCCACAUCGCCCGUGCGCGACUACGUGAUCGUCAUGGUGCCAAUUUGAAACGGAAAUUAGAACUGCUAAAAGCCCAACAAGGUCUAAUAGAUACUGCUGCUGCGGAGGCAACGCGUUUAGGAAUCAAGUUUGAGCCAACUGGCGAAGAUGUCGAAGAAGUUGUAGAGAAACCCAGUAUAGAUAAAGAAGAUGAAAUUCAAGAAGAAGAAGAAGAAUCGGGUGCAGAUGGUGGGGAAGAUAUUCGCGGCCAAGCUGAGAGGGAUCUUCUAGAACCUUGUUUAGCUGCCUACGAAUCAGGUCGAUACAGUCCAGUAUACUUGGAGCCCAGCCAAAUCGACCCAACACAGCUCAUCUAUACGGAAGACGAUGAUUUGGAGCGAUUGGAGUUUGCACGAGCUCGUGUUCAGGGUCGCGGGGUGGCCGUUGGGAUGGCUGAUUCAGAAGUAUCACUGGAGGAACGAGCGAUGCGUGGCGAAGCGUUAAAAGGGAUGUCGGCUGAUGAAGCAAUCUUUUCGGUGGAAUCGGCUAUUGACAAACCAGUCUACCUAUGGUCGGAUAAAUACCGACCUCGCAAACCACGUUACUUCAAUCGGGUUCAUACUGGAUUUGAGUGGAACAAGUACAACCAGACCCAUUACGAUAUGGACAAUCCGCCUCCCAAAAUCGUUCAGGGCUACAAGUUUAACAUCUUUUUCCCCGAUUUGAUCGACAAGAAUUCAACUCCUCAAUACACCAUAACGCCGUGUGCCGAUAACAAGGACUUUGGCAUCCUCCGUUUCCGCGCUGGCCCACCUUAUGAAGACAUUGCCUUCAAAAUUGUCAAUCGUGAAUGGGAAUAUUCCUACAAGAAGGGUUUCCGUUGCCAGUUCCAUAACAACAUCAUGCAACUUUGGUUUCAUUUCAAACGUUACCGAUACCGCCGUUAGGCAUUUUCGAUUUUAUUUUACUUUACAAUGUUUCUUGAACAUGAAUAAUAAAAACGUGAUUUACUUUUCA